CCCUCUUUCUGAAUCGCCAUUGCUUUCGGUUUGUGUAACUUGUGUUAUCUGUCAAUAAAAGGGGGAAAUUAAUAACUAUUUAAGGCAUAGUGUAAAGACCAGGCAGAAUGACGAAUUCCAAGGGCUAUCGCCGUGGCACACGGUACAUGUUCUCGCGGCAGUUCCGCAAGCAUGGAGUUGAGCCGCUGUCAACAUUCCUUACUGUCUACAAGAAAGGCGACCUCGUUGACAUAAAGGGUAAUGGUUGCUUUCAAAAAGGCAUGCCACACAAAGUAUACCACGGCAAGACGGGCAGAGUAUACAACAUUACCCAGCAUGCACUAGGUGUCAUCGUCAACAAGCGAGUGAGGGGGCGCAUCAUAGCAAAGCGCAUCAAUGUGCGAGUGGAGCACGUGAAACACUCCAACUGCAGACGGGACUUCUUGAGACGCGUUCAGGACAAUGACGUUGCCAGGCGGGUAGCCAAGGAGAAGGGAUCCAUCAUCAAGGCAAAGAGACAGCCCAAGGAGCCUCUCGGGGCACAUCACGUGCGAACAAGGUACAACAAGCCACAGCUCCUGGAGCCAAUCCCCUACGAAUUUAUUGCAUAAACGUGUGGCUGUAAAAAACGUGAAUUUGUACUGAUAAUGUGGAAUAAAGUAGGACUGUGAACAAAA